GGAACGUCAUUGGGGGUUGACCGGGAACGUCAACCCCCACAAGGUUCACGCGAUGGAACGUCACUUCCUUUUGCAGCUCAGCUAGGGCAAUAUGUCGCCGAAAAGACAAAAUGUCACCAGGAAGGACAAAAAGAGGCCUUCCUGGAAAUUCACGCUCGACCUCACUCACCCCGUAGAGGAUGGGAUCCUGGACUCUGGAAACUUUGAGACAUUUCUGAAGGAGAAGGUCAAAGUCAAUGGCAAAACAGGAAACCUGGGCAGCACUGUCCAAAUUACCCGUCUGAAGAAUAAGAUCAGUGUCAUGUCCGAGAAACAGUUCUCCAAGAGGUAUCUGAAAUACCUAACCAAAAAAUAUCUCAAGAAAAACAACCUGCGCGACUGGCUGCGUGUGAUUGCCUCGGACAAGGAGAGCUACGAGCUGCGCUACUUCCAGAUCAGCCAGGAUGAGGAGGAGUCAGAAGCUGACGAGUGAAAAUCUGCCAGAAAUUGACCUUUUACUCGUGUGUACAAAAUGACAGCGUCAUCUGUAUUUAUGCAUAUGUUGAGUAAUUUAUUAGGGAAUAAAUGUACACGAAAUAUA